UUUUUGCGAACGUAACAAAUCAAACUUGCAAGUAAAGCAAUUCUUUCUUAUUUUCUAAUUUCAUAUUCUUUUAGAAUCAGUAUCGAUUUUAUUUUGAAACAUUUUCAUUGUGUGAUUGUGAAGUUGACCGUGUCACAGCGGUGAAUCUUUGACACGCUGUUUUCGGUAUUGUGUUUUCGGUACAGCGACUGUGAAGUGUGAAGUUAUCCGUCGACCGUCGUUGUGCAAGACAGCCCGAUUUCUAUUUCUGCACUGAUUUUCCUGAGGUUGUGAUUUGUAACUGUUUUCAUUGUUUGUUAAUUUGCCAGUCCUAUCCUUGCGAAAGAUUCGCGAAACCUCAGAAAGACAGGAAACAUUGCUGUCUUGAUCUUCCGCAAGUUUUCCUGGACGUGUAAUUCACCAUGUGGAUAACGCGUCUAGAUGGAGGCCCUAAGAAAGUCAAUCAUGCGGCGGUGGCGAUUGACGAUAAGAUCUACUCGUUUGGCGGGUAUUGUUCGGGUGAGGAUUUCGAGUCCAAUCGGCCGAUGGAGAUCUACGUCCUGCAGACGGCCACCCUGCGCUGGAAAGCCCUGCCGCCGCCCACCGGCGGCUUUGACGAGGACUGCCGGCAAUCGCAGGUCCCCUUCCACCGCUACGGCCACUCGGCCGUCGUCUGGCAGCAGUGCGUGCUGAUCUGGGGCGGCCGCAACGACCUGGACGGCGCCUGCAACACCCUGUACGUGUACGAUACGCAGCGGGCGGUCUGGUGGCGACCGGCGGUCCAGGGCAUCGUCCCGGAGAAGCGCGACGGGCAUGCGGCCACCAUCCUCGGCGAUGAUAUGUACAUUUUCGGUGGGUUCGAAGAGCAAGGCGACCGGUUCUCGUCGGAGCUGUACCGGUUGCACAUCCCCACCAUGACCUGGCAUCACGUCGUCCCCGCCGGCCUGCGCCCGAUGCCGCGCGACUUCGCCACCAUGCAGGUGGUGGACGGGCACCUCCUUCUGUGGGGCGGCCGCGGCGAUCUGGACGAAGAGGGCCUGCACACCGGGACGGAGAAGUACGAGAACUUCCUGCACGAAUACGACGUGGAGCACAACGCCUGGCUGCACCAUGUCCUGCGGUAUGCCCCGCCCGCCCGCCGCUCCCACGCCUCGUUCCUCCACCAGGGCCGCAUGCACAUCUUCGGCGGGUUCAAUGGGCGCGAUCAUUUCAACGAUCUGUGGGUGUUCGAUCAGCGGCUGAUGCGCUGGAACGAGAUCAAAUUCGGCAGUAGUCCCGUGGUGCCGUGUCCCCGCCGGCGCAUGUGCUGCUGCGUGGUGGAGGAUCGCCUCUUCCUCUUCGGCGGCACCUCCCCGGCGAACCAGAUCCCGGAGGCCGCCAACCUCCUGGCCGACAACGGCCUGGUGGACCACGAAGAUCUCUGCAUGAUGGAAUUCCUGCCGCGGCUGGACACGCUGGCCAUGGUGGCCGUGAUCCGGCACCAGCUGCCCACCACCCGGCUUCCUUUCACCGUCCGCCUCGACCUCCUCGUCCUGACCACGCCUAACAGUCUGUCGCCGCAGCAGCGCCUCCGCGCGGGCAAUCACUCGGGAUAGACUGGCGUUCUACGGUUUUAUGUUGUUGUGAUAAUUUGAUAAGUGUUUUUGCAGCAAGCCAAAUUGUUUUCCGUUUGCGAUUUGUUUUGUCGGUGAUGAGAAUGUGACGCGAAAAUGGUUGAUUACCGGGUUUUUUCACGCAUUCGGCCUUUUUUAAUGAAACACUAUGAUUUUCUUUGGAGCGAUAGGCUGUGGAUUUGUGAUAUUUUAAAGAAUUAAAGCGAAUCAAA